ACCCCAGACCCACCGGAGAGCAGGACCCGGUCCAACCCACUGCGCCACCGCGCCCCCGUAAAGAUGGAUAGCGUUUCUUAAUUUGAAAGACGUGUGAGAGACAGUUGAAGCACCACGGGCUACGGGUGUAGUCUCAAGGAGUGAAUGGUAAAUCCAGAAAGGCGAAGCGCGUUUGCCGAUUCACGUUUCAUGCCCACAGAACACUGCGUCUGUUUUGGCAGCCACUAUCCUACAGUUUUAUGCUAAUGGUAUGCUAAUUUCAGGUACGUCCGCCCACAUCCUCUUCUUGCGUUCUGUGUUACAGCACUGCAGCAUCUUCUCGGAGACUUUCUUAAUGUCUCCGCGCUUCACGCACGAUUUAUAUUACGGCGGUUCGGGGUGUUUAAGCAACUGUGCUUCUAAACGUAUAUGAUCAAAAUAAGUUUAAAUGCUGUCAUCAAAAAUAUAGGGAUGGUGCAUUUUGAUCUGCAUCCCGAUCUCCUAGGUGCUGUUACUACCACUUAUAAGAUACUGCCUCAUAGGAAAACUGCCCCGGAUUGCAGUGGAAAAACGCUUCUGUCUGUUCCUUAUGAGAGGCUGAUUUGCACCCAGUAUGCUGUACAUCUUUUUUUUUAAUUUUUUUUUAAAUGUCUAAAAUAUAACGUGGAUGAUCACAGUACCACACAGACACUGUUGAAGCACAUUGCUAAAAUUUAAACUUUGACUUAGAGAUUAUUGUGGGUUUUUGAAGAAGACCUUAUGUGUUAUCGCGAAUAGCUUUACGUAGUGGGAAUGGCGAGCAGCCGGACCGCUGAUUUAGUGCGAGUCUCUUUUCAUGAACACGAAUGAUGUAAACAGCAACAAACAUGGAUGCUCGGUACAUGGGCUCCGUCCCCGGACGGCCUCGAAGUCGGUGCGUCUCACGAAUGGCUGAGCGGCACUGGCAUGUGAUGCGCCUGCAUGGGGGAGACCUCCCAGAAACAGUGGCAGCGAGUCAUGUGAUACUGUUGCCAUGGCGUUAGGCUCCGGUGCUGCGCCGUGUUCAAGGGUCCUCCGCCAGUGGCGGCACUUGGGGGUGAUGUCAUCCUGAGAGAUGCUGUUGUCCUCAGCUGUCCGACAGAGACCGCAAGCUGCCAGCAGUGCUGCCGUCUUGUAGAAAAUGGGACCUUUCCCAUCAAGAGAUUGACACAAUCCAGAAUAUACCCCAAGAACAGAUGGCACAGCCUGAAAACCUCCACCUUAUUUAAUUUUGCAAAUGGAACGUGUCGAGAAUGGAAAUUACGUUCGGAUGACAGCGUUGCCAUCGUUAAACAGUGGACCAAUUAACCGAAUUGCAGACUGUUGUCAGACUAAUAAUCCUGCAGCUUCCCCCGUUGAACGAUGUUUGUCGCGGAAAAGCUUCUGUUAAACCCGAGCUGCCAGUUGAUUGACUCGCAGCACAGCGGUACAGAACGGACAGCCUAAAAACAAUGACUGUAAUUGGCUAGCAUGGCGCCGCAGUGCCGGGGCAUCCUGAAUCCGCUUUGCAUAAGAAAGCGGGGGGGGGUUUUCUCCAUUUUCUGUCAAAUCAUGUGUGCUGUGCGGCGAAUGAUGUUGCUGGGGAUGGCAGGCGCGGGAGGCGGAGGGAGGGAGGGAGAGGAGGAGGAGAGGCAUGUGGUGCAGUGUGUACUGGAGCAGGACUAAUCCACAGAAGGAAGCCCCCUCUCCCCCCACCCCAAACACUUUGCGCCAUCUGAGCAUCUUGGGCUUUUUCUCCCCCCCAUAAUCCGUCAAACCUCACCGCGGCGGCUUCUGCCGUCCGACUGGAUCUCGGCGGAUUGGUCCUGGCUGCACGGCUUGCCCGCCCGCCGCCACCCAGGCUUCGUCUUCGCAUACCGAAGGAGCGGCGAACGCAGAGAUGAGAGGCAUGAUCCGGCCCCCAGCGGACAUGGGUAGCUGCCGCGGUCCUCCCUGAAGCCCGCGGUUUCCCGAGCCUCUCAGCGGGCGGGCAGGAGGAUACACGGAGACGAGGGAGGGGGAGAGGAGAGCAGUGGAUUUCGUAUCAAGAAAUUCCACCGGCUCUGUCCCCGCAUUUUGAUUUGGAAAAGGAGCUCUACUGGCUUUCCUCACAGCACUGAUCAAAAUGCCUGAGGCAAACUACCUGCUCUCCGUGUCCUGGGGCUACAUUAAGUUCAAAAGGAUGUUGAACCGGGAGCUGACCCACCUGUCGGAGAUGAGCCGCUCUGGGAACCAGGUGUCCGAGUUCAUCUCCAACACCUUCUUAGACAAGCAGAAUGAUGUGGAGAUCCCGUCUCCCACAUCUAAGACCCGGGAGAAGAAGAAGAAGCAGCAGGUGAUGACACAGAUCAGCGGCGUGAAGAAGGUCACCCAUGGCCCGAACGUCUCCAACUGCAGUAUCCCUCGGUUUGGAGUAAAGACUGACAAGGAGGACCUGCUGUCGAAGGAGCUGGAGGACCUAAACAAAUGGGGUCUGAACAUCUUCAAGGUUUCCGAGUUUUCCAACAACAGGCCGUUGACUUGCAUCAUGUACGCCAUCUUCCAGGAGAGGGACUUGAUGAAGACAUUUAAGAUCCCUGUUGACACCUUUGUGACCUUUAUGAUGACGUUAGAAGACCACUACCACUCUGAUGUGGCCUACCACAACAGCCUGCACGCUGCCGACGUGGCCCAGUCAACGCACAUCCUGCUUUCUACACCUGCUCUUGAUGCUGUCUUCACUGACCUGGAGAUCCUUGCUGCCAUCUUUGCUGCUGCCAUUCAUGACGUUGACCACCCUGGAGUCUCAAAUCAGUUUUUAAUCAACACAAACUCUGAGCUGGCCCUCAUGUACAACGAUGAGUCGGUCCUUGAGAACCACCACCUGGCUGUGGGCUUCAAGCUGCUACAGGAGGAGCACUGCGACAUCUUCCAGAAUCUCAACAAGAAGCAGCGUCAGUCGCUCAGGAAGAUGGUCAUUGACAUGGUACUAGCAACUGAUAUGUCCAAGCACAUGAGCCUACUGGCAGACCUGAAGACCAUGGUGGAGACUAAGAAGGUGACCAGCUCUGGAGUGCUGCUGCUCGACAACUAUACAGACAGAAUACAGGUUCUCCGUAACAUGGUGCACUGCGCAGACCUGAGCAACCCAACCAAGUCCCUGGAGCUGUACCGGCAGUGGACUGACCGUAUCAUGGAUGAGUUCUUCCAUCAAGGGGACAAGGAGCGGGAGAGAGGCAUGGAAAUUAGCCCCAUGUGUGACAAGCACACAGCAUCUGUGGAGAAGUCACAGGUGGGAUUCAUUGACUACAUUGUGCACCCGUUGUGGGAAACGUGGGCGGACUUGGUGCACCCAGAUGCGCAAGACAUCUUGGACACUCUGGAGGACAACAGGAACUGGUACCAGAGCAUGAUCCCCCAGAGCCCUUCCCCACCCUACGAGCAGGACAAGGGCCACGGUGGAGGUGACAAGUUUCAGUUUGAACUCACACUGGAAGAGGAAGACUCCGACGAGCAGAGUCCGGCAGAGGCAUGUUGGCUGCCAGAGCCUGACGGGGAGGGAGUGGGGCCCACGCACAUCGAGAUCGUCACACACGACGCAUCGCCUGUUGACACGUAGCCUCGGCACCCGUGGCGUUGGGGUUUUUUUUGUUGGGGUGACGGCAGAUGGCUGUGUGAGGAGAAAUCCUGCAGUCCUGUGUUUGAGAAGCCUGUCUGCUUACUUUCGGCCGACCCAGUCGGAAACGGACAGUCUCAGUGGAACGAUGGAGCAGCUCUCAGGAAAUUGCUGCGGUUACUUGGGACUUGUUGAUGGGCUGGUCCGUCUCGCAGACGGAAAUGGGAGUAAUGAAGGCUUGAGGUCAAUCAGAACCGUUUAGUUGGACUAGCAUCGUGUUGCUGACACUGCUGAGAGACUUUUCCAACAGGUGACUUUUUUGUAACGGUAUGUCAUGAGGUAGCAUAUGAACUACUGACAUGCAAGUAUAUUUGUACUGACCGUUUACUCUUUCCAGUCGCAUAUGUCUAAAGACUUUAUGUGCCUUUUUUACAGUCGUCUUUUAAAAAGUUUUGUUUUUUUAUUUAUUGAGCACAGUCAAUGUUAAAGGCUGUUUUUAACUGAAGGCUUAAGAGCAGAAUAUUUUGUUUCUUGGUUGUAGAGAGAAUAUAAAGUCUUCCUUUUUACAAAUCCUGGGCAAUAUCUAAGCUAAAACACACUGGCUUUCUGAACAGACUUUCAACGGAACCUCUAUUCCCUCAGUCUUUUUGGCAUAAACAUUGAAUUCUCAUUGGGAUGCAAUUGAUCGGCGGAUAGGUUCGAGAUUGAGCACAAUAUUUUACUGUUAAACAUGGAUGGAUUGUAGAAUGCCAGUAAGAACACCUGAAACAUCUUUAAGAAAAUCUUGUCUUCUCCAUACAUUAACAGUGUUCUAUGCGUUAAUGUGCCAUAUUCUAAUCACACUUUCCAACUGCGAUGGACAUAGUUAAGAGUUCCCCACUAUGUUUCAUCCAUUUUGGCUUUAUUAAAACCAACUCAGAUUUCAGUGAGGCUGAAGUUAAAGAUGAAACUGUAAGAAUGGAUGAUUAAAGGGUGGACAAGGAAGACACCUUGUAGCGUCAUCAGCAUUUGCUCAGAUUGAAAUCCUAUUUCUUAAAGCUCAUGAACCUUAAAUGUGUCCAGUCAUAUUGAGGCUUUUUCUGUUCCCCGUCAGCUAUGAGUGUUCAGAAUCCACACAGGUGUUGUGUAAGUCCAUCUAGGUCUUGGCUGCAUGAUAUCGCACACCCGUAACUUGAAAAACUUUUCCCUGGUAAAGUUACCGAGUCCUCGUUAACAAUAUAUCGGUGUAUUCCUUAAUUUCCUUGCAAUAAGCAUAUACUGUUCUCACUUUCUCUGCAAAUGAAGAACAAAGCUGAAUCACAACCAAAAAUAUACCCUCUGUUCUGUAUG